GUGAUGCAUGCAUUUCUUUGCCUGGAAACUAUUGUCUUCUAUCCUUUCUAGUUGAUAACCAUAAUGGGUUCUUAUAAAUUUUCCAUUUUAAUUUCUCUACCUUUGAUCAUCAUCUUCUUGAUGGUUUCUGGAGAACAAAAUCCUCAGCUCCAGCUUGAUAAGGAAAGAGCUUCUCUACUUUCUUUCAAGUCGGGGAUCACAUUAGAUCCUGAAGGAGCACUUGAGAGCUGGAACUCAAACAUUCAUGUCUGCAACUGGACAAGAGUCAAGUGUAACAAUUCUAGCAACCAAAUACUUCAGCUUGAUCUUAGUGACCUGUCACUUAGCGGCAGGAUUUCUCCAGCUCUUUCUAAUAUUUCUUCUUUGUUGGUUCUUGAUUUGUCGAGGAACUUCUUUGAAGGCCAUAUUCCAGCAGAGUUGGGGCAGCUGUCCAAACUCAGGCAACUCAGUUUGUCGUGGAAUCUUCUUGAAGGAAAUGUCCCUUCUGAGUUGGGAUUUCUCCGACAACUAGUGUAUCUUGAUUUGGCCAGUAACAGGCUUGGUGGCAACCUUCCUGUGCAAUUUUUUUGUAAUGGGUCCUCUUUUUUGGAGUAUAUGGACCUUUCCAACAAUUCUUUUAGUGGCGAAAUCCCUUUGAAGAAUGAAUAUGCUCUUAGAGAAUUAAGAUAUCUUUUGCUUUGGUCAAAUAGAUUAGUGGGUCAUGUUCCUCAAGCUCUUUCCAACUCUUCAAAACUAAAAUGGCUCGACUUGGAAUCAAAUAUGCUAAGUGGGGAACUGCCAUCAGAGAUUGUUCGUAAAAUGCCAGAGUUACAGUUCCUCUAUUUGUCUUAUAAUGACUUUGAUAGCCAGGAUGGUAACACCAACCUUGAACCUUUCUUAGCUUCUUUAGUAAAUUCCUCUAACUUUGAAGAACUUGAAUUAGCCGGAAAUAACCUUGGUGGUCGGAUACCUCCCAUUGUUGGCGACCUUCCGGCCAAGCUUGUACAGGUUCAUCUAGAUGAGAAUCUUCUCUAUGGUUCUAUACCUCCUCAUAUUUCAAACCUUGUAAACCUCACCCUCUUGAACUUGUCUAGUAACCUUUUGAACGGUAGCAUCCCACCUGAACUGUGUCGCAUGGGAAGACUAGAGAGAGUUUACUUGUCAAAUAAUUCACUUUCUGGUGAAAUUCCUGCUGCUCUUGGUGGCAUUUCCCAUUUGGGUCUUCUUGAUUUAUCAAGAAACAAGCUUUCAGGUCCUAUUCCUGACAGUUUUGCUAAUCUCUCCCAGUUGCGAAGACUCAUGCUUUAUGAAAAUCAGCUCUCAGGAACCAUACCACCAAGCCUGGGAAAAUGCAUCAAUUUGGAGAUUCUAGACCUUUCUCACAACCAAAUUUCUGGGCUAAUUCCAAGUGCAGUUGCAGCACUGAGAAGCUUGAAGUUGUACCUGAAUUUGUCUAGCAAUCUCUUGCAGGGUCCUUUACCACUAGAGCUGAGUAAAAUGGAUAUGGUGCUAGCUAUUGAUCUAUCUUCAAACAAUCUCUCAGGUACCAUUCCAACGCAGCUUGGAAGUUGCAUUGCACUAGAGCAUCUUAAUCUUUCAGGCAAUAUACUAGAAGGAUCUCUUCCUGCUUCAAUAGGUCAGCUGCCUUAUCUUAAGCAACUGGAUGUUUCUUCAAACAAAUUGAGUGGUGAAAUACCACCUUCUCUUGAAGCAUCGUCAACUCUCAAGCAACUCAAUUUCUCUUUCAACAACUUCUCAGGGAAUGUUUCCAACAAGGGCGCAUUUUCUUCGUUGACAAUAGACUCCUUCCUAGGCAAUAUAGGCCUUUGUGGAACAAUAAAAGGCAUGUCAAGAUGUCGAAAGAAACAUGCCUAUAGAUCCUUUUUAUUGCCUAUACUCUUGUCACUGUUUGCCACUCCCUUCUUGUGCAUGUUCCUGGUUCGCAGGUCAAGAUUCAGAAAGCAGUUGACGAUGUUCAAUCAAGGGGAAUUGGUAGAUGAAGAGAAAGAAACCAAAGAGCUCCAGUAUCCAAGAAUCUCAUAUCAGCAACUCAGUGAAGCUACUGGUGGGUUUUGUGCUUCAAGCCUGAUUGGUUCAGGCCAAUUUGGUCAUGUCUACAAGGGAGUUCUUCAAGACAAUACAAGAAUAGCUGUGAAGGUACUGGAUUCAAAGACAGCAAUGGAACUUUCAGGGAGUUUCAAAAGAGAAUGCCAAGUACUAAAGAGAGCAAGGCACAGAAAUUUGAUAAGAAUCAUCACAAUAUGCAGCAAACCAGAUUUCAAAGCUCUUGUUCUUCCACUAAUGUCAAAUGGAAGCCUUGAAAGGUAUCUAUACCCAAGCCAUGGAUUAAACUCUGGGUUGGAUUUGGUUCAGUUGGUAAGCAUCUGCAGAGAUGUGGCUGAAGGGAUGGCCUAUUUGCACCAUUAUUCCCCCAUUAGAGUUGUGCACUGUGACCUGAAACCAAGCAAUAUUCUCUUAGACGAUGACAUGACUGCUCUGGUAACGGAUUUCGGAAUCGCAAGAUUGGUUAAUGGCAUUAACGAGAAUACUACUACUAGUGGUUCAGUAUCCUUUAGCUCAACAGAUGGCUUGUUGUGUGGAUCAGUUGGCUAUAUUGCUCCGGAAUAUGGAAUAGGCAGGAAAGCUUCAACACAGGGAGAUGUGUACAGCUUUGGAGUCCUCCUUUUAGAAAUCAUAGCAGGAAAACGUCCCACAGAUGUUAUUUUUCAGGAAGGUUCAAGCUUGCAUGAAUGGGUGAAGAGUCAUUACCCGCGAAAGCUCGAGCCGAUCAUUGAAGAAGCAAUGCUUAGGAUUGCUCCACCUACCAUGCCUGCUUACUGUAACAAACUAUGGAGUGAAGUUAUUGUUGAAUUGAUUGAGCUUGGCCUCAUGUGCACACAAUACAAUCCUUCAACAAGACCAACCAUGUUAGAUGUUGCCUAUGAAAUGGGUAGGCUAAAGCAGUAUCUUUCUAACCCACCAUCUUUGCUUAUGCACAACAAUGAAGAAUAAGCAUCCACCAAGGUUGGCGCUCUUCAUGAUUUAAUGAGGCCAAGGUGAAACGGAAACAAUUAGAUUGGAUUUUGGGAAUUUUUACAUACAUUUGAUCAUUAUAUUCGUUCUAUUUCAUUGAUUUUCUCCUAAAUGAUAUAUAGUAGUCGAAUGAAUUCGCUUACA